AUGAAGCCUCUUCUCGGGAAAAUCACAUUUACCUUCCGAUACAAAGAACCUCGAGUGGACGGUUUGAAAGCUUUGAGUUCUAGAUUAGCACCUAUCAAGUACAAGUGCUACACAUCUUAUGGAAACAUUCUGGACCUAGUGAAUGAGAAUAUGGACUAUGGAGCCCUCACGACUUUGACUCAGUAUUACGACAUCCCUUUGCGUUGCUUCACUUUUCUAGAUUUCCAUAUAGCUCCCACUUUGGAAGAGUUUCAGAGAAUUCUAAAUCGGCCCAUUAGAGAUCAUAAUCCAUUCCCAAAGAUAAAAGAAAACUUCAUUAUGCCCAAAUUAGCAGCGGUGUUGGGUAUUGACGUGAAUGAACUGGCAGCCAGUUGGGCACCUAAAGGGGUUGACAAAGGAAUCACAAGGAAGUUUUUGGUAGGCCACGCUUGGAAAUUUGAUAAAGAAGAAAAAUGGGAAUCUUGUAUUGCAGUCUUGGUAUUGUUGAUCUAUGGGAUCGUCUUAUUCCCAAACAUUUAUAACUUCAUAGAUCGUUCAGUAGUAGAGGUUUUCUUAUCUAGCAACCCAGUGACAUUCCUCUUAGCAGACUUCUACCACACUUUCCAUACUCUCCAUGAGAAGAAAGGUGGGACUUUCCUGUGUUGUGCUUUGUUGCUUCAUAUGUGGAUGAAAACCCACAUGCCGCAAAAGGGUCCUUUUGUCUCCAAAAAUCUCCCAUGGCCUCAAAAGUUUGCUUCACUCUCCGUCGGUGCCAUUCAGUCGUGCAAGAGAGAAUAG